UCCAGGACAAAACUGCUUUUAAGACAAAAUUGCUUCCCUGAAGCUAAUGGGGAUUUUUCCUGUAUGGUGGAAUACCUAACAUGAACUAAUGGAGGCCAGUGGUUUGAAAUCUGUGUGCACAAUAUACUAAUAUACAUUGGUGAGCAGCAGCAGCAGAAUGCUGUAAGGCAAGCUUUGUUUCCAUCAUUGAGAAAUCCUGUUGCUAUCCUGUUUGAAAGGGGUUGAUUCUUUGGAAAGAAAGGUUUCAGCCUUCAUCAAGAAAAGCUUCAGAUGUAAAGAUAAGGGGAAAUGGUUGAAAUGAGCUGCUAUGACAGGAGGUUAAGACGGACAGGACCGGAACAGCUGAACAGUAGAAAUGACUUGGUUUCUCCACCCCAGCAUUCCAGGGUGAAUGGCUGGUCUUUACCACUCCACACCUUUCAGGUUGUGGCCCUGCUGUUUUACACAUACCUAGCCAUUGUAGGGUUUGGGAUCUACAUACCUUUGCUUCCACAUGGAUGGAAGUACGCUGCCUAUGCCGUAAUCGGUGUCCUUUUUGCACAUCAUUUAGUUGCUUACAUUGUUGCCAUCACCAUUGACCCAGCAGAUCAAAAUGUGCUGGCCAAGAAAAAUUACUGCAGCCCCAUGCCAGUCUUUGACAGAAGCAAGCACAAGCACGUCAUUCAGAACCAGCACUGUUAUCUCUGUGAAGUUGAUGUAGGGCCAAAAGCCAAACACUGUAGUGCCUGUAAUAAGUGCAUUGCGGACUUCGAUCACCACUGUAAGUGGCUCAAUAACUGUGUGGGAGGCAGAAAUUACUGGUUUUUCUUCAAUGCUGUGGCCUCCGCUGUUCUUGGUGUAUUCCUUCUGAUACUGGUGAUCCUAUAUGUCUUCAUCCAGUACUUUGUGAAUCCAGCAGAACUACGCACAGCACCUCAGUUUGAAAGAGUCAAUGGAAACAACACGUGGUUGGCCUUUCUUCCUCUUGCUCCUGCGGACAUUACAGCAGCUGGAAUCGUGGCUAUAGCAGUGAUCACUAUGCUCCUGGGAACUGCGUCGCUCCUGCUACUGGGACACUUGUUGCUAUUUCAUCUCUACCUCUUGGGUAAGAAGCUGAGUACUUUUGACUAUAUAACAGAGCAGCGGCGCAUGAAGAAUACUAGAGACCUGGAAAGUGAUGUGGAAGUAAUAGAAAAUCCCUCUGUCAGAAAGAAUCACCUACAGGAUUUGUCUUUUGCAAGUCAACAAAAGGAAUGUGAGGUUUCAGUUUCAUCUCGAUCUGGUGCUCUACGGCAUCAGGAAACUGGACAGCUGUCCAUUAAACACCCAAGCAUCAUAUGUACUGAAGCAUCUGAUGUUGCUUCCUUUACCAGUUUGUCUCCUGGUCCAGAGAGUGUGCCAAAAUGUACUAAAGAAACACUGUGUGAGAAUAUUCAUCAGAACAAGGAAGCAAGUGAUACUGAAAUGGCGGACUUUGGAGCAGACUUACAGUCUAACUGCAACCAGUCAUUAGAGGAAUCUCACUGGGGAAGUGUUGGCUCCAUGAAGCAGAUCCCCAGCUUUGCAAAAUCUCUAUGAGGAAGCCACAAGGAACAACACUUUUCUAAUGUGUUCUGUAAAUGCCAACAGUUUGUCCAUCUCUGGUCAGAGACUGAGUCCCCCUGAAAGAAGAAGGAUGGUUCCUUCUGUAGAUGAAUCCGACAAUUGUUUUAAAAGGACAGCACUGGCAAAAGAAGUGGAACUGCAACUUUUUCUUCGCCAAAACAAAAGGGCUCCUCAGAGCCAAUUUCAACACCAAGUUCCCUUGCAGUCUGAUACAUCAUGUCUUCCGCUCUGAGAAACAGCACUAUAGUGUGAUGCACUGAAGGCAGACUGCUCAACAAACAGUUCAAGGUACUAAUAUAAAGACUUUAGCAACUGGGAAGUAGUCGAAAGUACAGCUCUAGAAAGGCAGAAGAAAUGGCUUUCAGGAAAGCAGAUAUCCUGGUUACAAGUGGCUUGUGAGAGAUAAACAGUUUUGAUACACAAUAUCUUCUGGGAAAUUGCUGGAUUCCUGACUUUAUGCAAUUCAUUUAAGGGGUACUAGAAGAAGAGGGCAGAAAGGGUGUAGCCACUUUGAGGACUUUGACAAUUUGUAUCCAUCUUUACCUCCUCCUAUUCAAUGUCACCCUCUCUUCCUGUUCGUACUCUUCACAUGAGUAAUCAUCUCCUAGGGUGUGUCUACACUA